AUGAGUUUCUCCAUAUACGACUUGGAUGAAGAUAUAAGGAAGUUGCUUACCUUGGACAACUUCCUUGGUGGGAUGACUGUCAAUGAAUUUAUCGAGGAGUUGAGUAGAGAUCAUUUCCUAAAGGGUGCUGAAGUGAAUAAGUUGGAGUACUUGGAUCCCAAGCCAUAUAUUCGUACAUUCGAAUCCACGUUAAGAGAAUUGAAAAAGUUGACACAAGAGGGUGAAGAUAGAAAACGAAACAUUGAAAUAGAGGUGGAAAACUAUGAGUUGAGGCACAGUGAGAAUGUGUUGGCCCUAAGUGACAAGGUGGACAAGAUCACUGAAAAAUUCACGGACCUAGAUGAUAUGAUAUCACAGGUCACGACCAAGAUUGAACCCUUGGGCCAAUCCCUUAAUAAAAUCACGAAUUCGAGAGAUCGUUCCAUGGAAACCAUAUACCUUAUAAGGGCUUAUCACGGAUUCUUCACUAAGGGUUCGUACGAGCCCUUGGAUGCAUUACGUACCAGCACAAAGUUCGACGAUAGAAUGAAAUGUGCCAAGACAAGUGUUAAUUUGUUGACUCUUGCCAAAAAGAUCGUCUCGCCGGAGAUCCCCAAAGCGCAACAAUGUGUUGACUCGAUCUUGAAGUUUAACGAAAAGUUUGAGAGAGAGUUGCUUAUCAAGUUUGAAAACUACUUUGAGAACGAUGAGUAUGAAAAGAUGAGAGAAAUCGCCAGCAUUUUGCAUCAAUUCAACGGAGGGGCCACUGUAGUACAAGUAUUUGUGAGUAAGCAUGAUUUCAUGCUUGAUAAGGACAACACUGAAGACUCGACAAUGCUUGACAACGAGGCCAUCUGGAUCAAAUUGAUGGAUCCAAAUUACGGAGACUCUGCUAAAGACGACUCCACAGAUCAGCUAUUGAAUAGAUUGCGAAUGUCUAUCAAGGCGCAGGCAAGGAUAGUGCAGCAAGUCUUUGAAGACUCAACACCCGUGCUUAAGAUUUUCAUCCAGAGAAUAUACGCCCAAAUCAUCCAGAACAAGAUCAGUUCGUUACUUCAAUACUCGUUAUCUGUCGGUUCCUUGGCUCAUGUGAGGGUGUUGCAUUCACUUUUCAUACUGGUUAAUGACUUCACCAGUGAAAUUAAAGAAUUCUUAUCCACGAACGACCUUGACCCUGAAGAUGAGUUGGCAAUAAUAUUGGAUCAGUGUAAUUAUGAUUUAUUUAUUGAGUAUACACUGGAGGAUAUCUACUUCAGCAGAGAGAAGAAAAACUUGGAGGAUACCAUCUACGGCAUUGUAUCGAAGUUCACUGAAUACCACCCAGAGGAGUUGAGGGAAAGAAAAUUGGAAAGCAGAUUGACAAGUUUGGACGACUUGGAAGAAAGAGCAGACCUUGAAGCAGCCGCAGCCGCAGCUUCUGCGUCAGCCCAGGGGAAGAGAGUAGGUGGACAUACGGGUGCACUUUCUUCAACUCUCGAUAGGUUUUCAUUUCAUUUCUCAGAACGUAAGAGACUCUCUCAGUUUAAAAACUUUAUGAAAACACGUCUUGACAAGUCAUCUUCCUCAGACAAGUCAUUCAACCCACAGAGUCAACCUGAUUAUCCCGACUAUGUAACCGUAAACAUUGGUAUAGUAGAAACUGUUGUUAAGCUGGCAAUUGAAUCGAUUGCAAGAGUCUUAGAACUCACUCCUAACAAGACACCCGAAUUUUCACUUGAAAUACUAGAAAUAUUGAUUUUCGAUUUUGGGAAGCUUUAUAUCGAAUCAUGUUUGGAAGUAUCUUAUGAUUCAAUCAAACAACAGCAUUCAUUCAUCAAAUCAUCAACUUCACUUUCAUCAUCUUCACUUUCCACACCACCCCACAAAUACAAGUUUGAUGGGUUAGCAGCAUUUAAUUUAACAAGUGAAGCACUUUUCCUUAUCUCAUCAUCGAUCAAAAAAAUCAUUUUGCCCUGUGCCAUAAAUGCACCUCAAAUCCGUAAUAGAAUGUGCAAUUUAACUAACAAUUACAUAUCAAGAUGUGAAACUGCAAUCAAUAUAAUCACCCAGGAAGCUUUGGACUUGAUUUCUUACAGAAUUGCAUUUUUACUCACUAAACAAAAGAAGAAGGACUUUGUAGUUGAAAAUAUUACUGAUGAAGAAGAUACUGAGGCUUGUGAAGAAGUAUCAGACUUCCUUAUUGAAGUUUAUGAAAAGGUUCCUCAAUUCUUAAAUAGUGGGAAUCUUUUGAAUUUCCUUAUCAAGGUUGGUUUGAACUUACUCAAUCAGUUACUUGAGCAUUAUAAGAAAUUCGCAGUGAAUUCCACUGGUGGUAUUAUACUUACCAAAGAUGUCAUCCGGUACCAAAGUAUAAUUGACCAAUGGAAAAUCAGUGACCUUCUGGAACAAUUCCAGUUACUAAAGGAGAUCGGUAACUUAUUCACCGUUCAUCCUGACUUGAUCAAUUCCUUGGUCGGAGAGGGUCAACUAGCCAAUAUGAAACCAUAUGCUAUAAGGCAAUAUGUUUCUAAAAGAGUUGACUUCAACCCAAGUUAUAUAGAAAGAUUCUUCUCAAUAAAGUAG